UGGCUAUAUUUAUCUAGUCGAACUGAAUUGUAAGCACCCAGGGGAAUUUACCAGCGAAGGGUCGGGUUACUGGUGCAGUAGUGAGGAUGAUGGAGGUUAAUAAAAGACACAUAUAUGUUGAUCAGUUUGAUCAGGAAGGUGAGUACCACCACAAUGAGAUGAAGUAUUCCUAUGUUCUACCCGUUCUGUGGACCACAUCCAGCGCCUGUCUAAGACAUGCCGAAAGGUAACGAAUACACGAACUUUCAAAAAAAAAAAAAAAAAAAAAAUGAUGCCGACUCGACUAAAUGGGAACUUAUUGCAGAUAAUGUAUUCUGCACAUUAUAGAGGACACAGAAUGUUAAUAACGCUUGAAUACUUGAUCUUCCUUACUCAGUGUUUAAAGCUUUACCUGGAUCUCUCAAGCAGAAUAAAAAUCAUGUACAUAUAUAACUGUCUUUAUCCAGUGGCGUAGGAAACAGGUGGGCAAGGGGGCAGAGGUCACCUCAGAAACGAUACUGAGCAAACAAGAAUGUGAAUAUGUUAAUUACUGUUUGUCUCCACUUCCCCCCAAAGCCAAGCAUCAUAUCCUGCCACUGUUACUCUGAAACCGCAAAUUGAUUUAUAUAGAUUUUAGUAUAUUAAAAAAAAAAAAGUCGAGAAGCUCCAAAAAAGCGCGCGUUAAUUUACCUUUAAUAAUGGCAUGAAUCAGUGAGACUAUAAACUGGUCCACUGAUUUUUGUCAUGUUAAGUUUUAAGAGUUGACAUUCUUGGCUUUGCUUCGUCUUUUACUGUGUUGACCGACAUUCCAAUGGAGCCCGUGUCUGAAAGGUAAUCGAACUCAGUUCUAACAAUGUUGUCAAAAGCAUCAAAAAAAGGGUUCAUAUCAGCAUCAUGCGUUCUGUCGCCAUUCACCCCCAUCCCAGUUGUGUUUCCUUGACUUUUCUCUCAUGUCCAACUGUCUGAGUGACAAAGUGACAGACACACUUGAAGCUCAGCAUCACUGGGCCAGGAAAAGGCAACUCCGCAAGCCAGUCACUCCAAGGGAAGCCACCCUGUCACAUUUUCGUUGAAUUUCAUCUCCAGAGGCGAUGUGCUACUCUUUGAAGAAAUGGGUGACUGGCACAAACUUCUUUGUUUAUGUUAGCCAUUUUCUCUCAGCAUGGGGGGAUCGUAUGUGGGCCUUCGGUGUUGGUCUGUUCUUGGUCAACAUUGCAUCAGAAAACUUGCAGCUUACAGCUAUCUAUGGCCUGUCUAAUGGCCUGACAAUUUUUUUUCUUGGCGCCUUGGUGGGUGACUGGGUUGACACCACAGCCAGACUGAAAGCGGCUCAGCUGUCCCUUGUGAUGCAGAAUAUUUUUGUGGUGGUUUGUGCUGCUGGUAUCUAUGUCUUCCUUUGGUAUCAACCCUAUCUAAAGACGCUAGACGGUAACUGGCAGAUACCACUGUACUAUGCUGGCAUCAUCAUCCUUGCCAUUUUCUCAAAUUUAGCUAGUCUGGCAAGAAUGCUUGCCGUUGAACGAGACUGGAUAGUAGAGAUUUGUGGCAAAGACAAGGAUAUGUUGGCAGUCAUGACAGCAUCAUUAAGAAGAAUUGACCAAGCAACUUUAAUUCUGGCUCCUAUUGCCACUGGUCAAAUAAUGACUUAUGCUGGACUAGAGAAUGGAGCCAUUUUCAUUGGUGGUUGGAAUGUGUUGUCAGUCUUUAUAGAGUAUUAUCUGAUGUGGAAAGUGUAUGAGACUGUGCCAGCACUACGUGCCAAAAAGGAUUCGAAACUGAGCAACAAUUCCCAAAAUGCUGAAGCAGAGAAUGAGUUGAAUACAGCAGUCAAAGACCAUCGAGAGGAAGAAACAGAGAAUGAACAACUGACACUUGAGGCAAAUGAUCCAUUGGAGAGAGAUGAAGCAAGCCUUAAACCUUCCAUGCUUGAAGGAGACAGCAUCAUGCCACCCAACAAAGAGGAGGAAUCACAGCACCAAGAAAAGAGUCCCAACGGGAGAAAAAAUGGCAAGAGCACACUAGAAAAAGUAUUUUCUCGCUUCAUCACAUUGUACAGAGGAUGGCGAACGUACAUGCAGUACAGCGUGGCUCUGGCAGGUCUGGCCCUUGCCUGUCUGUACAUGACAGUCCUGGGCUUUGACAACAUCACAGUAGCUUAUGCAGUGACGCAGGGUGUACCAGAGUAUAUCUUGGGUCUUCUGAUGGGUGCAUCAGCAGUAUUUGGAAUAUUGGGCACCUUUGUUUAUCCUGUGUUACGCCAUAGAGUGGGUCUUGUCCGCACUGGAAUUUUUGGCCUUUCAGCAGAAGUGUUAUGCCUCAUUCUUUGUGUUGUUUCCAUCUGGAUGCCGGGUAGCCCUUUUGACCCAUUUUAUCGCAGUCAAGCUCAAAAAGUACCUAGCUGCAAUUCCAGUACAGCUAUGCAACCUAUGAUGGAAAAUAACAUCAGCAGUUUCCCAUCAUCAUCUCUAAGCUCACAGCCUCCUCAUGUGAUCUUCACUCUUCAGCAUCCCAAUGCCACCAGUGACAACAAUGCAACAGAGUGUGUGCAGAAUGCUUCUGAACAUACCUCUUAUAUAUCUGUAGGCAUGUUGAUAGGGGGCAUUGUUCUAGCAAGAUCUGGCUUGUGGAUUGCAGACUUGACCAUCACCCAGCUAUUUUUGGAGGAUGUACAAGAGAAGGAUCGUGGAAUUGUCAGUGGUGUCCAAAGCUCAUUAAACAAGCUUAUGGAUGUUCUUAAGUUUGUACUUGUGACUGGAGUGCCUGAUACAGAAACAUUUGGCUUUCUUAUCAUUAUCUCCUUUGCCUUUAUUUUCCUAGGCUGGCUUUUAUAUGCGAUUUUCCUACGUAAAAAUAGAGGACACUUUUUCCAUUUUGAAAAGUGCCUCAAAAAUGGGGCACCAGCAACUGAGAAUACUGAACUAGCAUAGUAGACACAUUUUGUACCUCAUGCUGGUGGUACUGUCGGGAAGAGAUUUUAUGAAUUAUUGAUCAUGCCAGGACUGACUACUUGGCCCUACUUCUAUCCUUGAGAGAAUGAAACCCGUAUUUUUAAUAUACCUGCAGUAUUGACAGUGUAAUCAAGGUAAUCUAACAGAUAUUAUGAAGUAGUAGCCAGUUUAGAAAGGAUUGUGGAUCCACUUAGUAAAUUAUGAGGUAUUAAAUGUUGUUCCUGUUCAAAUUACAGACAGCACUAAAAUCAUCCAGUCAUCUGUAAAGGAAAGAUGAGUGAGUUUUAAUUAAGAAGCAGGUUUCUCAAUUUGUGAAAAAAGCUAUAUUAUCUCUUUUGGAUGGCCUUUCCUGAUCUAAUUCUUUGACCAAUGUUUGUUAUUAAGCACUUAAUCCGUUGCAUAGUCCUGUGAUACAAACUUGACAUAUAUUUUGAUUGUUAUGAUGGCUGUACACUUUUGCAAAUGAAAUGGAAGAUAUAAUUUAUUUUUUAUACCAUUUUAUUUUUUAUAAUAUUUUAUUUUCACAGACAUAUCAGUAAAUUGCAAGUGUCUCUUGCUGGAGCUGUUUGAAAGUAGGGUUGGUUUUUUUUGUACUCAUGCAAUUUUUGUCUAUGACAUGAUUAAUUUCAGUUGCAUUUGUAUGCACAGAAAUUACUCAGAACAUGAUGUUCAUUAUUGUGUUUGAAGAAGUAGUACAGGCAGUCCAAUCUCAUUUCAAGUGCUAGUAACGUGCAUAACACAUGUGUGCUAACUUAAAAAAAUGCAAAAACUGAUAAGCUGAAGCCAUGAAACAGUGAGUGAUAAACAUUGCAAACAUAAACAAAAAGUACUCAGAAAGAAAGACAGAUGCUCAAGUUGAAUGUUAAAUCCUUUUUAGGUAUUACACAUUUCUGAGCUGUUUCUUUUGAAAAACUGCCAUAUUCUCUUUGCGUGUUGAUUUGUGUGUGGUUUAUUGAUACAGAUUUUAUUUUAUUUUAUCAGUUGCUUUCUAGUAAAUGGUUAUAGCAAAUUAUUCACAUGUGUUUACGUUUGCUUGUUUUUAUCUGAAAUGUCUCUUGCCUGGCCUUUUUUACAGUUUAACAUGCCAUCUUUUAUUACUGUUAUCUAUGUUAUUGUAUUGUUAUUGUUUACUGUAAAGGCACUGUAAUUAACCUGAUAUCGGGUUGUGUGGUCUGUGAAAUGUUUUAUUAAAACUCUAAAACUCUAA